AGAAUCCCUGCUGGAGAGAAGACAGGAAAAUGUAGGGCGGGUCCGGGAAAAGGAGCCCUGCGCCGGGUCUCCUCCCCCUGCUCUUGCCGGCCGGCCGGCGGGCUGCAGAAGGCUCCUCCUCCUGCUCUGGCUCUGGCUUUGGCUGCUGCUGCUGCUCCGGCGGGGCUGGCUGGCUGGCUGGCUGCCUGUGUGCCGCAUGCUGCUGCUGCUGCUGCUGGUGCUGCUGCUGCUGGGCGCCUUCGGAGCUGGAAGAUGGCGGAGCCGGGGCCGGAGUGCUGCAGCAGUAGCAGCGGGCUGCUGGACGAGGAGCUCUCCUCCUUCGUCUUCCACUAUCUCGCCGACGGCCAGCAUGAAGUGUCUGGUGAGGAGCACCUUUACUCUGAUUUCCCAGAGAUUGAUUUGUCCCAGUUGGAUGCCAGUGACUUUGACUCAGCCAAUUGCUUCAGUGAGUUGCAGUGGGAUUGUGAGCGCUCCGAAACAGAGUCCAGCCAGUACAGCACAGAUGACUCGGAACUUUUGCAGAUUAUAGACAGCGAGAAUGAAGCAUUGCUGGCGGCUUUCACCGAGACACUGGAUGACAUCCAGGGAGACGACAUGGGUCUUGCAGUCUUCAGUAAUAUGGACGAGGGGGACAUGCCCAACAGCGGCUGCACAUCACCCACCCCCUCUCCCAAACCUGCUGCCCCUGUCACAAGGGGCCCUCCUCUGGCCCCCGAGGUUGAUGAGCUGUCUCUACUGAAGACGUUGCUUCUUUCUCCAUCGAAUAUGCCUCCAAGCUAUGAGGGUCAAAGAGAAGGGAGUGUAUGGCAUCAAGGAACUCCCAAACCCAGAUCCCGACGACUUUGUACAAAGGUGGAUGCUGGCCGAGACAGAAAGUCAAGCUUCCUCCAGGCUCACAGUCGGAACUGCACAGAGCUGCAUAAGCACCUCACUUCUGCUGCAAAAGCCAUGACGCACUGCCCAAACACAGAAGCCAGGUGGCUGCCAAAUGAGUGUCACCACAGCGAUAGCAAUAGCAGCAAGCCCCAGAGACAUUUUGCCCCCAAUGGAGAAGACAGUGACUCCAGUGAAGACUUGCUGAAUUAUAGUCAUAUUGUGGCAACUCCUCCCUCCUCCUCCUCCUCUUCCUCCUCUUCUUCUGAGGAAGGCCCUGGAGAGAAAGAACUACACGCUGCAGUGGAGCUCAUACGCUACAUGCAUACCUACUGCCUUCCUUCAAGAAAGUUGCCCCCUACAAACUUUGUUGAUGUAAAACACCAGCAUUUUCACAGCCCCUCAAAAAGAGCAAAGGCAGAUUGUCCCUUACAGAGGCCUGUGCUCUGUGAUAAGGACAGUUGUCCAUCUAGCUCUUGGUGUCUCUCUCUUUUGGGCAACAAGCAGUCCAGAGCUCUUGCUUCUGAGUUCUCCAUCCUGAAAGAGCUGCUUGCCAGAGACCUCCCCUGUGACGUAAGCAAGCCAUACAGAUUAGCCAAGCCUGUGUACUCCUCCUUGGCCAAGUCACACUCUCCCAAAUCUCCAAGAGCCCCCUCACUUGAGGCUGGGGGAGGAUCUACAGAGAUAUGUACAUCAACAACCAAAAUGCCACUAGAUGUGAAAAGUGAGACAAGGCAAACUCCCACAGCAGAGUCCGAGGCUAAGAUAGAGACUGGCAGCUCUGCAGAAGAUGGCACUAUGAAACAGGAGGUUCUCCAAAAUCAGCUGGCAUCUGGCAAGGCAGGUCGCAAGCAGGACAGCUCUGUUUACGCAGUGCGACGCUCCAAAAGACUCAACCCUGACCUCAGUCCUUGGUUGUCAUUCAUUGAUGAGUCUCCCCCAGACCCUGCUGUGUCCAUAAUGACAGCAGGGAACAAGUCUGCCAUCUCUGAGCCUGCCUUGUGCUCCUCCUUGCAGAAAUUUGUUACAGAAACACCAGCAGCUGAGGUAGAAGUAAGUGGUGCAGAUGAGAUGGACAACAAAUUUCAAGGCCUCCCAAUGGAAUUGCAGACCCCCUCGCCAGAGAGCUCAGCGGAGAGCGAAGUGUGUGAGAUAAACGAGAGCCAGUGCUAUACCUUCUUGCAUCAAACAGAAGCACCAAGGUGUCUGUCGCUGCCCUUGGAACAUGUAGAACCAGCAUUUGGGAAGUGCAACUUUGAACAAGUGCUGACUGUAGAGCUGUGUGGCACUGCAGGUCUCACACCACCAACUACUCCACCAUACAAGCCUUCAGAGGAGGACCUGUACAAGCCAGACAUUCACCAGACGCCCACAAAGGAAGCAGCUGUCAUCACUAGCUCUGAACGACCACUAAUGGCAGGUGACCGGGCAACCUUCAGGAAGCACCAGAAGAAGCACCCAGUGCGGACCGAGCUGUAUGCCCACCUGAGCCGGGCUGCUGCCAACCCCUUUCAGCCUGAACAACAUGGGGUGUUGAAACGCCCUUUCUCACGCUCCUUUGGUGAUCAUGACUAUUGCCAGGUCUUGAAGCCCGAGACCUCACUCCAAAGGAAGGUGCUGAAAUCCUGGGUGCCCCCAAGCCAUGUGGAAAGCCAGCACAAGCGGAGGGUAUCUGAUGUACCCCAUCAAGAAGAAAGUGAGCAGGCUACUGAUGAAUCCUCUGCCAAGGAUGGCAUCAAACAGUUGAGAGACCAUGAGAUCAGAGCCAGCUUGACAAAACACUUUGGCCUUUUGGACAGUGCCCUGGAUGAUGGGGAGAUGGCCUUUGACAAGACUCCAGAAUAUGACACUGUUUUUGAUGACAGCUGCAGUGAGUUUGGUUCACCACUGGGAGAAGAGGAGGAAGAAGAGGAAGAAGAAGAGGAGGAGGAGGAAGCAUGUUGUAUAAGUCUAUUGGAAUCCAAGAUGUGUCCAUACAAGUGUCCUCUUGCUAAGACUAAUUUGCACUACUGUUCCCGAAGCAGGUCUGCUUCAGAAUCACCAUGCUGCAGAUCCAGGUCACCUGCAAGUCGAUGGGCUUUGAGAUUUGAAAAUGGAAAGCAGUGUCAAGAUGGAACGAUGAGUGACCUGGGGCAGAUGGAGAAGAAAACAGAGAAGGCCAUUGGAGAAGGCCGAGUAGUGUACAUCAGAAACCUCGCCAACAGUAUGAGCUCCACUGAACUGAAGAAGCGCUUUGAAGUGUUUGGGGAGAUUGUUGAAUGUUGUGUUUUGACCAGGAAUAAAAGGGGAGAUAAAUAUGGCAUCAUCACGUAUCGAUGUUCUGAACAUGCCGCCUUAUCCUUGAAGAAUGGUGCCUCCUUGAGGAAAAGAAAUGAGCCGUUGUUCCAGCUGUGUGGUGGGAGCUUUGGGCACUUCUUCUGGACCAGAUACACUGACUUGGCAGAUUCCAGUACAGAAGAGUCCACCCCAGUCCCGGUUAAAAGCAAAUAUGAGACCAUGGAUUUUGACAGCCUGCUGCAGGAGGCCCAGGAGAGUCUGCAUCGGUAACAGCCUUAACCUUUGAGGAAUACCUCAAUACCUCAGUCAAGGCACUUCCAAUAUGUUUACGUUUCAAAGAAUUGAUUAAGUAUACAACACGAAUGAGAGAGAGAGACUGCUGUCCUUUUGAAUUGAUGUUUACAUUGAACAGGCUGCUUCUGUCUGUGAGUCCCCAUGGUGUUGAUGUUCCACUGCCACACAUUAGUAUCUUUGCUUCUGACUGGUUGUGUUAGGAUGAGCCUGCAAAAGCCUCCUGUCCCUUACCUGCCCACUCUCUUCCUCCUUUGCCCUCCACCCAUUUUUCCUACUGGCUCCCUUCCCCACUUCUUCCGUGAAAUUGCAGCUGUGUUCACCAUUUCUUCUUUUUAUUUUCCUUUUUUGUCCGUAGUGUGUGAUGAUGAAAUUGUUAAUUGUGAAUAGAAUCAAGAUUGUAAACUAAUUUUUAAUAGAAGAAAGAAAUAUAUACUUAUAAUGUAUUUAUGGCUCAGAUGUACUGUAAUUCAGAUUUAUUGUACCGCUUCCUUGAUUUUUAACUAUGCACUGUAAUGCGGCACUUGCUCAUCAGCAGAUGUGUCCAUCCAAAAAGGUGCUCUUCAAUUAGCAGCUCACCACAAAAUUUAUUUCCCCUCCUUGGUGGGACAUUCAGCCCUACAAGGGAUCACUAAGUAAAGUUGGAGAAUUCCCAUUCACGUGGGUAAAAUGUUGGGCUCUCUGCUCCCCAGUCAUUGGCUGCAUUAGACAUGGCUUACUGUGAUUCCACAGCCAAGCUGGCUCUGGAUGUAUGAAUAUGAAAUUGUUAGAUGGUAAAUUUUUAAAAAUGAUAUGGCAAGAAAAGUUGUAAGGGAUGUUUUCCACUUUCCUUUGCUUCCUGGAUUGGCAGUGAUCACCAAGAAGUAAAAUACCACUGGCUUUCCAAGCCAAGGAAAUGGUAUGUAAGAAAAGCCAUUCCGGUGGUUAGACCAAAGGCCUAUGAUAUCCAACUUCCCAGUUCCCGCAGGUGUGAUCCAGAUGAUUCUGGGAAUCCCAGAGGCAAGGCUUGAUGACAUAGAUACAUAGUCCUCUGCCAUUAUUGCCAAAAAGUUAGAUUGCCUCUGAACCUGAAAGAAACCUACAAUCAUUGCUUUCUCCUGGUAACCACUGAUAGACAUAGCCUUCCUGUAAAAGUUGAUGGUGAGACUUAAAAAAAUAAAUCUGAAAACAAUUCCCAGGAGAAUUAUGCUAAAGUUUUCUUAGCUUUACAGAUGACAUGAUAGAUGCCAUCAUUUCAUGAGGUAUCUCUACACAAUGUUGGAGUUUAGAAUCAUAGAAUCGUAGAGUUGGAAGAGGCUGCAAGGACCAUCCAGUCCAACCCCUUGCCAUGCAGGAAAUCUAAAUCAAAGCAUCUCUGACAGGUACAGACACAUUAAACAAUUUGUAUGAAGGCCAUACAUCACAUCACUAGUAGCCUCAGGAAUAGUAUCUUCAGCCAUCUGGUCAUCUCACCAAAGCAAAAUCUCUUCCCUAAUAGGGUUUGAAGGACUCUCUCUUCAAGUCCAAAAGGGACCAAGGGCAUCCUUGCCUGUGGAGUGGUCAUGUAUACAAAGUGCUCAGAGAUGGCUAGAUCUGUGUAUCAACAUGACAUUCCCUAUGAGAGGAGCCAUAUAAGCCAUAAAACAUAACAGUUAUUGCUACAGUUUACUUAUUUCAUUCACCCUCCCAUUCUCCACCAGGAAAGCCAUAGAUGCUGCUUCCUAUUUGCCUGUGGCUGUGUCUUGCUUGUGGCUCUGAUCUGGUGUCAGACAUGCAUGCACACCCUUCCUUGUUUGACUUUAUAAAGAUUCAAAAACCCAAAGAGUCCUUCAGAACCAGCCUUGUGUAGUGAUUAAAAUGUUGGACUGGGACUUGAGAGAUCCAAGUUGAAGUUCCCAUGAAGCCAUGAAAUGUACAGGGUGGCCUGUUUUUCUCACUCAGCCUGAACUACCUAGUAGGUUUGUUGGGAGAAUAACACGGAAAGGAAGAGAGCCAUAAACAUCACCUUGAGGUCAUUGGAGGAGAAAUAUAAUAUAAAUGUAGCAAAGGCAGGGAGUCAGCACAGAAUAAUUUAGGGUAAUGUAGACAAAUUAUUUAUGGAAAAAAGCAGUCUUUGAUGUUGGCUGGGAUGCCUGGUAAUAGCUUGUAUGGUCAGAAACCGGAAUAAAUUAUUAGAAGAAAGAUGUUCCUUUUCAGCUGUCACAGUAGGUAAAGCAAUUAAUUCUUGCUAUUCAAGCAGACAGUUCACUGUGCUAAAUGAGCAACUUACAUGAGGAGUAGGGCUACUCUUGUACUCUCCCUAGAUUUAAUGUUCAAGGGCAUGUGGGGAAGAUCAAAAACAACAGGAACAUCAAAGAGAUAAUUCAGAUAACUUUGCAAAGCCCUCCAGAAAACACCAUGUCUUUUGUUUCAUUUUCCCCCCACAAAAAGCUGAGACCUCUGGGAUUGCACCAUCCCAUGUAGAUAGACUACAACAGCCUUAAUUCUGCCAAUAGAUAGAUAUCUCUUCCCUGAAGGUCUCUUUGGCAUUAACAUGUAUUUAAUUUGAAUCAAAUGCCAUAGAUUGCCAAAGACCCUCAGGCCAAAGGCAUGUCAUCCAAAGGUUUGCCUGUCCUGUUAUCUUGGGAGGGACUUCAUGUGUCAGAAACACCACAAGGAGUCAGCUCAUGUAACUUACUGCAUGCUCAGUAAUCUGUUAUUUGAUUGUUGUAUUUAUGUCUUUGGAUGUGGGGCUUUUACAAUAGCAAGAGUUCAUUUCAUGCAGAAGCUAACGUUAUGGUUCGUACACCAAAGUUAACGGUCACUGUAUUGGCUGCUGCUGUGUUGCAUACACCAUCUCUGUUUGGGCAAGGCCAGAAGAUCCCGCUCUCUGUAAUUUUCCCAAAUCAAAGUCUGGGUGACACAUCUGCUGUUGACAAGUGCCUCAUUGUAGCUCUGCCUUUUUCUGUCUUAGUAUUUCCUCAACACAAUGAUGUUUACAUGUGAUUGCUAUAGAGCUUACUGUAGAAUGUACAUAGCGACACAUUAGGGUGGGUAGGACUGUCCUGUCCUGUGCUGUGCUGAUGUUUUCAGAGAACAAUCAAACAAAUAAUAAUUAUAAUAGUAACCACCCCAACAAUCAAUAAGUGGAAUUCUUCCAUCUCCUGACUUGGGUUCAAGGGUAGAUCAAAGUUCAUGACUGGCUUUGGUCAGAGAGAUGGAAAAUGCAUCAAAUUUUAAGUAUGUUGUUGGAUGCAGCAGAGGAGUUGUCAUCAUUCUGCUCUCUGGGAGGAGUGGCCUUCAGCAUGAGUCAUUUGCACACAUGGCUUUGUACUCAAUGGGUUUUGUAUCUUGAGUUGCUUUUCAGAGGCUGGAUUAUACAUGCUAGAACAUGCCUGUAGUGUGUUCUCGGAGCAGGAAAAAAGAGUCUGUAACGCACAUGGCCUCUCAUUCCUAGGUAUAGGGAGAGGUGCAAUAAGUGGUCUUUGCGUUGCCUGAAGCCUAUAAAAAUAUUAUUUUAUUUUAUUUGCAAGAAACUUCACUAGAAUUUUAUGCAAUAUGCACACAUGUGCACAAACGCACACAUAUAUUAAGGAAAGGUAGCUGUGGUGGUAAAGGAAGGGGCACCAAAACCCCUCUUCCUGCUGCUGGGCACACAGCCAAAGCUGUGAAGCUAGCUGUGUUGAAUGUAGAGCCUGAGUAGUAUGGUUUGAAAAGCACGCACAUUGAAUGCUGGUUAUGGCAGACCAGUACCUGUGGCUUAUUUUAACAGAAGCACAGCUAAAUUUGUAUUGACUACACAGGGAGCAAUACGUGAAAGUUCUUGCCUCUUAUUUACUCUUCUAGUAGCUUGGGAAGGUUCACUGUGCAACUGGAGAACUUUAGGGAAGAAGUCUCUGUCAGAGCACAGAGCUUGGACAAGUUGCUUUUUUGGCCCUUGGUCCUCAGAAUUGUCACAAGAGUUGUGGCCCCCAAAAGUAAUGUUACCAGGGUAUUCCAGGAGGGACAGAACACACUAAAGAUACUCCUUUUCCCCCCUGUGGAGCAGCACACUGCAGUGCUCUCUAUCAUGUGCUGCAAGAAGUAGUCCUGGGAUUCUGAUGAUGAAGUCUAGCUCCGUAUAGCACAGGAAUCUGGACAAUCAUUUGGGAGCCGUGGAGGUCCUACCCACAAGUCAGAUUUACCAUGUGAAUGUAAUUAUAAUAGACCUAUAGAACCUGUGACCCACCAAUCCAAACUUAUCUAGCUCAAGGCUUGACAAGCCUCCUGACCGUGUUCCUUGCUAGGACUGGGGAAUGAAAAAUACAAUGAAAUAAAAAUGGGGGAAAGCAGGAAUUAAUUACUUUUACAAGCUGCAAAGGACCAGUGUGGUGUAAUGGUUUGGGCAUUGGACUGGGACACUGGGAGACCAGGGUUUGAAUCCUGGCUUGGCCAUGGAAACCCACUGGAUUAUCUUGGGCAAGUCACACUCUCUCAGCCUCAGAGAAUGGCAAUGACAAACCCCCUCUGAAGAAACUUGCCAAGAAAACUCUAUGAUAGAUUUGCAUUAGGGUCGCCAUAAGUUGGAAAUGACUCGAAGGCCAAUAACCAAGCUGAAGUAGAAUGUGAUCCAUUUGGUGAUUUGUACAGUCCUGGUUCAGAACACAGCGUAAGCAUUUUGAUCACACUGUAGAGCAUGAAUUUGUUCUAUGUGGAGUGUGGUCUUGGACCUUCCCCCAUUGUUCACUGACCAAGCAGGAUCCACAAUAUAUGUACACUACUUGCAGAAUGCAAUUGAGAGCCACAGUUUGGAGCUGGCAAAGGGGAAAGGAACACUAAUUUCUUCUGUAGGGCAGGGGGGUUAAAAUGACUAUGAUAUCUCAGUAUAGCCAAAACUGCCAUUCAUAAAAUAUUCAGGCAGAUUCUUUCUUAGGGGAGUUCUGUUCAGAACAUUUUGACUUCACAGGGACAGAACACGGACACCACACUGCCUGGCUAAGAACAGUGGCAGAGAGGUGUCUAUUAGCGAAGGGAAGGUAUUUAUUGAAUGGUCACUUUUUUCAGGAAGAGCAUGCACCAAUGCUUUUUUCCAACCUGGACUUUUGCAAAGUCUGCCUACAUUUCUCCCCCAUUCUUUCUCUUAAUAACAUGAAUAAUGCCAGCAUCCCCAUAUUUCAGGGGUAGGCCGAGCCAUAAUAACAAGCCACAGAACAAACCAAGCCCUUGUGAAAGCAGUAAGAGAAACCAAAUAAAGAUAAUUUAUUUUCCAGGGAGUUUCGGGGAAAAGGGUGUAUUAAGAAAGGCAAUCAUAAGAGAGACAUUUAUUUUUUUAAAUAGAAUUAUCUAUAUAUGUAGGUGCCUGCAUAUAUGUAUGUGCGUGCGUGUAUGCGUGUGUGAGAGAGAAAUCUCUUCCUUUAUUUUAAAUCAGGAAAAAACCUUAAGAUAGGAAUAAGUCAUAAGCCAUUUCUUUAUCCUUGGACCUUUUAAUAAACCUUUGUUUUGUACAAAACACAAAACCAAUGAAUUGCGCAUCUGAAAUCUAUAGAGGGAGAAAACACCCAAGGUGAAGACAAUGAACACAGGAAAGCAUAGGAGGGGGGAAAUGCAGUUUCACCCUCAUCUGAUGGGAAUAGCCAUCUCAUACUCCCUCUACCCAGUUUGAGGUAUGCUACUCUCAUGAAACAUUCUUGUCAGCUUCAUGUUGAAUUUCCAUGGGUAGUAUUAGAUUGUCCAAAAGCCUUAGAACAGUGUGUAUGUGUGUAUGCAUGUAUGCACCGAGCACAUAUAUGUGUGACUCUUAUUUUCAUUUGCUGGAUGAAAAUAAUGUCAUUUGUAGCUGAGCAAGUCCUCAGUUUCUUCUUACAGCAGGGUAGUCUGUUCAUGACACUUUAGCAAUAUGACCAUAUGAAGCCAUCAGCUUUCCAUUUUCUUUUUUAAAAUUAAGAUUCGGUGAGGAAAACAGAUUGUUUAGGCCUCAUUCUCCUCCAGGUACUUUGCAAUUGAUCUUGACACCUACAUUACUGAUUCUCAUGACUCUCUUUGUGGCCCUUCUAGAAAUUUUUGAUGUAUGAUUGCAGGUACCUCUUUGCACUUAAAUUGCAGGUACUUUUUCUUCCACUUAAAGUGCAGCACACACCCCAAAAUAAACCAAGGGUGAGUGCAUUCUGCAUUUUACCUCCAAGUUACUGCAUAUCUACUAAUAGCAGUGCCUGGAGGAAAUGCACUAGAGGUGAUCAAGUACUAUGGAGUAAAACCAAUUUAUUUUAGAAUCAAUGGUACAAAAUAUAAUACAUACACAGGCCCUGUUGCAGAUCUGAUGCACCUCACAUUGGGGUUUCUAUAACUUAAGUUGUAUCUUGCAACCUGUGUCUGAGCUCACAUGAUUGAAUAUGCUCCCUCCACAUGGAAAAUGAUCAUGUCAGGGAGAUUAUGGACAUAGGCUCACUAAAGACUAAGAUGUCCUACUGCUUGAAUCUGGGUUAUGUGAAUCCAUGGAAAUAAAAAUACAGUAGUAAGGAGUUAUCUUUUAUCCUGUGAUUCAGCUCAAAUUCAAGGAUGGCCACCUUCAGGGAUGUACUAUGUGUGUGGGGGGAGGGGGGACAAAAUGAAGGAAUUGCUCCUCUGCCCCCCCCCCAUAAAAAUUAUUUCAGUCCCCAAACUUUUAGCAUUGCAGAGACUAAGACCUAGAACUCUUGUAUUUGCAUUUUGUCUGUAACUUUGUCUGCCCUUUUCUGUGGUUGCUUAAAUUGCAAGGCUAGAAGUUGGAGGACUGAAGGGAAAUGAUAUUGAGGGAUGCAGAAUUCUUAUUUUGGAAGGGCAAUGUCCUCAUUUUGUUCCCCACCACCACCUGCUACAUUCCUGAAAGUGGCCACAUGGUCUCAGUCAGCAUACGUUUCAUGUGCUCUUAACAUCCUUGGCCUGGCCUGUGAUUCACAGUGUAAAUCCAGAGCUUUACAAGUGGAGGACCUGCCCCCAUUUUGUUUGCAGAUGGAGAGUUGUAUCUCCCAUAGCAUUUUGUAACAGUAGACAGACUGGGGUCAGUCUAGUUUGCACACCGUACUGUGUGCCAAGUUGCACUCAAACCACUGAUGUAGGUGCUGAUUUUGAAAAAAACCUUAUUUUACAUUCACAUUUUCAGAACACUGUUUCUGGGAAACAUAUGUUUCAUUUAUUUAUGGAAGAAUCUAGGUAUGAUGUGAAUAGCCAGAGGUACCCCCUCCCCACAGAGCCUGGUUUUAGUACAGCAGUUGAUGCGUAAGGUAUAAUUAUUUAUUGGAGAGUUGGCAGGGGAGAAUAAUUAAUACCACUAUUUCAGUGUGUGUUUAUGAGUGUGUGUGAGCCAGAGAGAAUGAAGGAGACUAAAUUGAUGCAUUUCUUGAGAAGAGUGUAAGAAUUUCACCUAAAAAGGGGGCACAUUUGCUAUGUGUUAUUUAUAAUAAAAGCUAGAUUUUACUUUUUGUUUUGGAGAUGACACUGCUAAUAAUUAGAAGGGCCAAUUCUGCCUCUCUUUUACAGGUAUUAACUAAGUGGUAACUUACUCCUGGAUAAGUAAAAGCAGCAGGGUUGGCCCCCUUUCUAAUAAAUAAAAUCAAGCUUUUAUUUGUGGUUUUACAAAAAAAAAAUUAGUAGAGAAUUUUUUAUAUUUCACUUCAUUUCCCCUAGUUUUGUUCUGUUGUGUCCUUAUUUAUGUAAUAUACUUUAACCUUUAUUGGCAUAGAUUCUUAUGCCUUUCCUUUGUUAUUGUCAUUUUUUUAAAGAAAUAUUUCUUUCUAGUGCGAUUUCAAUGUCUACCUUCUAAAUGAGAGAAUGUUUUCUUGUAUUUUUACAUUGUCAGAUUCUAUAGUUUCGUAGAUGAUUUAACCAAAUUGCUCAAUGUAUUCUCUAUAUCUAUCCGCUGGGUAUAUAAAAGUUCUAUUUUAAAUUGUGUAAAUACUUCAGAACUGGCUUCUUUUUGAGACUCCCCUGCUGUGGAGUUACUUGUUUACAUCACAAAGACUGUAGAAUCUCUACAUUCAUGUACUGUAAAUAGUGAAGUGAUCUGCCUAUAAAUAAAUAAACCAUAACAAA